GGAUCGGCAUUGCGCUUUUAGUCAAGAUUUAAGUAGCGGUCUAUGAAGCUAAGGUUUGGUCCUCGUGCCAGCUUCUAGACGUAAUAAUUCAGCACUGGCACCUGCUCGGUUUAUUCGAGUCAUAACCAUCAUGCUAAUAUACUUAUUCUGAUCGCACGCUUUGAAAUUGUCGACUCAUUCCGUGUGAAACCUCUCACCAAUCCAAAACAUGGCAAACCAACCGUUCUAACCGCUCUUUACGUGAUAGGGGCCUCUGUCCGUUUAAAACCAUGACUUUGGCAUAGUCAAAGCUCUUAAGAUACAUCAUGCAAGCCAAAAUCGCAGCACUUCAGGCGUGCCUCGCUGAUCGCACCCUUUAUUGCGGUGGCACUUUCUCUGUCUCUCCUGAUGAACUUGUGUUGUACUACGGAAAGAACGAUGAUGAGCAUUCUCAUCGCAUCAACUUUUCUCGCGCGUCUGAAGAACAGCUGGAACUCCUUUCACAGACAUGCCAGCCUGCUACUUUUGGCGUUAAUCAACAGGACGUGUUAGACGAGUCAUAUAGGAAAGCUGGGAAGAUGGAUACUACCGAUUUUGCGACUCGGUUCAGUGCUGAAAGUGUGGGUCUCGUCGAUGUCAUUCGAAAGCAGUUACUGCAGGACAGUAACCAAGAUAAAGGCAUCCGCCUUGAGAUGUACAAGUUGAAUGUUUAUGGAAAAGAUUCCUUCUUUAAAGCACAUCAAGAUACUCCACGCGGUCAAAAUAUGUUCGGAUCUCUGGUCAUUGUUUUCCCUACCAACCACGAUGGAGGUGCACUUGUCUUGCGACACGGUGGGAAGGAGUGGACGUUCGACUCUUCCGGGGCUAUCUCAGCAGCCUCUGGGCCGUGCGUCGGUUAUGUUGCAUUUUACAGCGACGUUGAACACGAAGUCACCUUGGUCAAAUCGGGCUAUCGUGUCACUAUCACUUAUAACCUCUACUUCGAAGACGAAUCCAAAGCUAUGGUUUCAGUAGAUCCAGCACCAACUUCCUACGAAAUAACCAUGAAGGCUGCGUUGUCUGACCUGCUUAGCGACCCUGGUGUUCUUCCAGAAGGUGGUUAUCUUGGAUUUGGGCUGCGCCAUCAGUAUCCUGUCAAUUCUGAGACGGAUAUCCAGAACCUUGUUGAUUGCUUGAAAGGGUCAGAUGCUGUCAUCGCUAGCAUAUGCGACCAGCUCGCCCUACCAUAUUCGCUCAAAGUGUUUUAUCGUUCCCCUGGAUGGGAAUCAUCCAUGUCAACGACAAAUGUACUUUUCAACGAGGUCGUUGACUUGCGUAACUGGAUUGAGGUAGAGGAUGUUGUGAAAGAAAUGCUGAAUUGUUAUGACGGGCAGGUUGUGAAGUUCGUGGGUGAAGGCGGCGUGCCGCUUGGCGAGAGCAUGUACUCGGACUCAGACUCGGACUCGGACUCGGAAGAAAAGUAUAUUGAUGUUUUGGAAGUUGUGGACAUGAAUUCGGUGCAGGAGAUAGAGACGUGCUAUGCCGCAUACGGCAAUGAGGCAUCCGUGGGUCAUAUAUACGGACAUAUCUGUUUGAUGGUCAAGGUGGAGGCUAUCAAGAAAUCAGAAAAUCAUGUCGUGGCGCGUCAUAAUUGCGGGAGUGUACAUGCGUAAAAAUGUAAUUGUCGCGUUUCUAUAAGUUUUUACAUAGACAACAAUUCAUUAAUAGUACUCAUUUCUCGUGAA